AAUGAGCAUCGAGCAUCAAUAUGAAAAGUUAUCUUUAAAAUAAAAUUUUCUCGUUUUCACGAAUUCUCCAAAAAUUUAAAUAUGUCUUUCUAAUGUUGCCAGUAAGAGAAAUUCUAAAUAAAGUAAAUUCAUUAUUGUAACAGUAAAUAAAAGAAAAUUAAGGAAUAUUAAUUAACGCUCGAUUCCCCUUCUGACAAUAAGCUAUAACCCGUAUACUCCUUUUGUCACCUGAUUGAAAAUAAUGCAGUCUGUAGAAUGUGAUUGCGUUGCUGAUCUCACUACAACGAAGAAAUUAAGUAACGAGUUACUAACAUUGAUUCGACAAAUGUAUCACGUGGAGAGAAAUAUGCUAUUCGUCGGAUUGACAGAUGUGACAAGCUCAAUAGAACAAAACUUGGCAGAAUUUAUUAUACUCGCCGAAAACGCAACACAUUUGAUGACACCAUUAGACUUUCUGACACGUUUGACAAAAUUAGCGGAGACACAAGAGAUACCUUAUAUUUAUUUGUGUAAAAAGGAGCAACUCGGUCGAGCAUGCUGUAUAUCUGGUGGUAUAAGCGCUAUUGCGAUCAAGAUUGGACCUUCUUAUUUCUCGGAAAAAAUUAAAGAUAUCAAACACACAAUAAUGUCGAGUAUGACAACAUUGACACCAUUGACACCAAAUAAAUCAAACGUAACUUUGUAAUGUAUUUGGUUUAUCUUUCUCUUAAUAUAAAUGAGAUCAUUGUAUAUAUCAUAGUAUCUAUAUGAAAGUAUACAUAUUUAAUAUUAUAAUAAAGUAUAAAAUUAAAAAAUA